AUGGCGAAGACAAAAUCAGGUGGCGCACUGUUUUUCCGAUGGGGUAGAAAGACUUUUCCAGACAAUGCAACGGAUCUAGUAUACUUAGGAUAUGCAGGUGGAUCGAAAUAUUCCAAGGUCGGUGGACCUGCUGAUUUCCUUUGCAUGGUGCCGGAUCCAGAUUUAGUUCCAAAUAUCCUGUACGGAAAUAAAAAGAUACCUGAAUCAACCUUAAAGUCUUUGUUUGAAAGAGAUAUUGAGGAAAUGGAAGCGGUUGAUAUUUCUAGUUUAAAGGAGGUUAGCCAUGACAAAAGACGAUCUAAUAUUCGAAAUACUAGAGGGUUAUCACCAACAGAACUCAUUUUGUCAGCUUUUGGUGAGGAUUAUCAGUUACAAGUAUCUAAACCGGAAUCCGUGUUGCACCCGGAAGCCAGAAUUGUAACCAGGAAUGAUGACGGCGACCAAGAGUGGAAGGGAAUUAUUCCGGAUUGCUUUUUGGUCGGUCAUGUGACCUCACACAACGGCACUGCUUCCCUGUCACAUUGUGAAGGCUUGAAAGGAUCACUAACCACACGAUCUGGAGAUUUCCAGUUGAGAGAACUUCCCAAAGUUCACAAUAAAGGACUCAAUUUCUCAGACGAAGAUACCGUUCUUGUGAUUGGCAAAAUGAGACCACAAUACAAAACCGGUGGGGCAAGUGUGAAUGUCAAAGAUGUCAGUCUUUCUGCACUGGAUGACCAAAUAAGAAAACUUAAGGACAAAUAUAGAAGACAGACCACCACAAAGGAUGUCGUUGUUGAACUGGCGGUGUACACAGACAGCAAAUACACAGAACGACUUCGAUUCAAGGACACUGCCAGGAGAGUUGAACUUAUGAUCGUGAAAUAUAAUGGGGUACAAAUGGAGUAUUCUAGAUCAGAUGCUCUCGGUUACAACGUAAAAAUCCAGAUUAAAUAUUUUGGUUUUUGGGAGAAAGAUCCGAUAUGUGUCAAACGGAAAUGCGCGACAUUUGCGGAGCUCAGUCUAAAACCAGGCGUGGUCAGACCCGGGGGAUGGGGACCGUGGGCAGAUUGGCAGCCUUGCUCCAGGACUUGUGGGACAGGGCUAACUUACAGAAGGAGAUUAUGCAACAAUCCAAGUCCUCUGAACCACCCAGGCUGUGAAGGCGGAGAUGACAAUGGUUAUGAGGCCAGGACUUGCAGUUCCGAGCCCUGCCACAAUGAGAGUUCAGACAUGAAAACUCUUAUAAAUCAGCGGGCGUCUGAAACCUGCAGUAGAUUGUUAAAGAAUAACGUAUUAGAUUCCAAAAAGUACACAUCAGUUGGAAGAAUAAUGGACUGGCAUGAGCAUAUGAAAUGCGAAGUGUCGUGUGAAGCGGUUCCGGAUUACACUACUCCAGAUUUUACAAGGUUUGGGUUAAUGCCCCAGGGUACUCCAUGUGAAGGACCCACUGUAUUGUUGGAAAAAAACAAGCUUGGCAAAAGAACCUACAGAUGUUUGGACGGCUUUUGCAGGUUUUUUGGCUGUGACGGUAAGCUUAACGCCGAGUAUGAUGAUUGUGGUGUCUGUAAGGGAGAUGGUUCUACAUGUGACGUAGUGGAAGGGAUUUAUAAAGAGACUAUUGCACAAGGUUCAAGAAACCUUAUAACGGAGAUACCUGUUGGGGCGUAUAACAUACAGUUCUGGUUUGAUUUUUUUAAAAUGCGUUGGAACCUCAUAGAAAUCUACAACAAAGACGGACUUGCAAUUAUCUCUAGCUUGCUUAAAGGAAUUUGGGAUACGACAAAAAACCCUUUGAAUUUCGCCGGAACGUACUGGACUUAUGUUUUCUCGAAACAAUACGUGUAUGCGAAAGGACCAAUCACUGAACCUGUCAUAGUUAAGCACUACCAAUACAGGAACAAUAAAAAUACUGGCAUUAGCUUUGCGUAUGCUUUACCCAAAUAUGGACAAUGUGCUAAUGGAGGAUUGUUUAACACAAAGAUCUGCUCCUGUAACUGUCCCAGUGGGUUUUAUGGAAACGACUGCAGGAGUCGCUGUAACACAUACUGCUACAACGGAGCAACAGUUGAUCAGUCCAGCUGCGCAUGUCAGUGCAAAGAACACCAGACCGGAAGACAGUGUAAAUGUGAGGAAGGGUACGGCGGUGAAGACUGUAAAACGAAAUUAUAGA